AUGUGCGGCUACAAUGAACUUCUCACCCCGUGCUGCCACGAAAAGACCGGCUUCUCCCCAACCAUAAAAUGCACCCUCUACUUCCAAAACAACCGCUACUGCCGCACCGGCUCCAUCCACAGCUGGAUACUGUCCUCUCCCCCAUUAACUUCACGCAUCCUCUGCGACAACUGCAAAAAGAUCGACGAUCACGAGAUCAAGGAGAUCGAGAGGGAGAUUGAGGAGAGAAAGAAGGCUGAGGAGGUGAAAAAAAGAGGUGAAGAGGCUAGAGAGUUGAGAGCGUUGGACAAGGAGAUCAAGAGGCGUAGUGAUGGGAGAAGGGAGGAGAGACAGAGUGCGGCUGCGGCGUUGAGGAGUCAAUUUGCUGGAUUGAAUAUUGAAGAUGGUGGCGAGGGAUCUUCUUCUUCGUCGAGGAAGUGA